GGCUCAGCGUCCCCGCGCGACCAGCCGCCGGGUGCCAUGGCCGCCGUAGUGCGGGGGAAGGCCGAGACGCUGGCCCUGAGGCGGCGGCUGCUAAGCGAUUCUUGCAGACUCUUUUACCCGGAGGAUCCUAUUAAGAUUGUCCGGGGCCAGGGACAGUACUUGUAUGACGAAGAGGGAGCAGAAUACCUCGAUUGUAUCAACAAUGUGGCUCAUGUCGGACACUGCCACCCUCUCGUGGUCCGGGCCGCGCACGGACAGAACCAGAUGCUCAACACCAACAGCCGCUACCUGCACGACAACAUCGUGGACUACGCGCAGAGGCUGUCAGAGACCCUGCCGGAGAAGCUCUGUGUGUUUUAUUUCCUGAAUUCUGGGUCAGAAGCCAAUGACCUGGCCCUGAGGCUGGCCCGCCAGUACACGGGACACUGGGACGUGGUGGUGUUAGACCACGCUUAUCACGGUCACCUGAGCUCCCUGAUCGACAUCAGCCCGUACAAGUUCCGGGACCUGGAUGGCCAGAAGGAGUGGGUCCAUGUGGCACCUCUCCCAGACACCUACCGGGGUCUUUACCGGGAGGACCACCCCGAUCCAGCAGGGGCGUACGCCAGCGAGGUGCAGCGCGUGGUGAGCAGCGUGCAGGAGAAGGGCAGGAAGAUCGCAGCCUUUUUUGUGGAGUCUCUGCCCAGUGUUGCAGGGCAGAUCAUUCCCCCGGCCGGCUACUUCCCCGAAGUGGCAGAGCACAUCCACAGGGCCGGAGGGCUCUUUGUCGCAGACGAGAUCCAAGUGGGCUUUGGCCGAGUAGGCAAGCACUUCUGGGCCUUCCAGCUGCAGGGAGAAGACUUUGUCCCCGACAUUGUCACCAUGGGCAAGUCGAUUGGCAAUGGUCACCCGGUAGCUUGUGUGGCCACAACCCAAGCUGUGGCAAGGGCCUUUGAAGCCACCGGCGUCGAGUAUUUCAACACGUUUGGGGGCAGCCCGGUGUCCUGCGCCGUGGGCCUGGCCGUCCUGGACGUUCUAGAGAAGGAGCAGCUGUGGGCUCAUGCUGCCUCUGUGGGAAGUGUCCUCAUGGAGCUCCUCCAACAGCAGAAAGCCAAGCAUCCCAUCAUCGGGGACAUCAGGGGCAUCGGGCUCUUUAUUGGUGUGGACCUGAUCAAAGACACAGCGACCAGGACACCAGCAACUGAGGAGGCGAACUACGUGGUGUCCAGGCUGAAAGAGAGCUACAUUUUGCUGAGCACAGACGGCCCUGGGCGGAACGUCCUGAAAUUUAAACCCCCAAUGUGCUUCAGUGAGGACAACGCGCGACACGUGGUGGCAAAGAUGGAUACCAUCCUGACAGACAUGGAAAAAAAGGUGAGAAGUUGUGAGACACUGAGGCUCCAGCCCUGAAUCUGCCCUGGCACUCGCGUCCUCCUUCCUUGGAAGAAAUGAAGCAUCCCACUCCCAACAGGCUGAGGCUGCGCCCCUGACCUCUGGCUUUGAGGAAGGAAGCCACUGAGCCUCAGGGCGGGGCCUCGCUGCUCUCCCCUCCCCUCUCCCAACCACUGGCCUGUUGGUGGGAAGGGCCAGAUGUCUGUGUCCUCUGAGGAGCCAAAGAGUUUCCUUUUUGCUCAAAAAUCUGCCCACUGCGGAUGGGAUCAGGGUCAGAGCCUCCCACCCAGUGUUCCUGCCCAAGUCAAUCAGAAGUUUACUUUUUAGAGGAAGUACCCUUUGCACAUACACUCUCCUAAAUACGACCUAUAAAAUACCGUUUUCUACAAUGUGUCACCAUCCAAGCAUACCCUAACAAACCGGGAAACCUUCCCCAAGUGAUUCCAUCUGAUGUCUUCUGUUUAAUUAAAAAUGCUGAAUACAUUUAUUUCAAAACCCA